AUGGGUUGCUGCAGCCUCCUCCUGCCCUGCCUGGUGUCCAGUGGAGGUGGACUGGUGUUCGGUUAUGAGCUGGCGGUCAUCUCCGGCGCCUUGUUGCAGCUGCGAGAGGACUUUGGGCUGUCGUGUGUGCAGCAGGAGGCUCUGGUCACGGCCUUACUACUGGGGGCCCUGUUGGCCUCGGUGGUGGGGGGCUCUCUGAUUGACUGGCAGGGGCGUCGCGCAUCCAUCCUGUUCAGCAAUGGUCUGACACUGGCCGGGACAUUCUUGCUGCUGUUCACUUCAUAUCCUGCGCUGCUCCUGGGGCGGGCCACUGUGGGCUUCGCCAUGUGCAUCUCCUCCAUGUCCUGCUGCAUAUUUGUGUCAGAGCUUGUGCCCCCAGAGCAGAGGGGUGUUCUGGUCAGCCUCUAUGAAGUGGGCAUCACCGUGGGGAUCCUAGUGGCCUAUGCUGUGAACUACAUGCUGGCUGACACAGGAGAAGGCUGGAAAUGGAUGUUUGGGCUGGCCGCAGUGCCCACUCUGCUUCAGCUGCUCUGUUUGUGGCGUCUCCCUUCAAACACUCAAUCUAACUGUGCUCAUCCAAACCGUCUCCAGCAGUUGGAGAAUCAGAAGCGUUCUAAAGGUUAUAACUAUCUUUCUCUUUUCCAAACAAAAGACAACAUGAGGACGAGGACAGUCAUCGGCCUGGCCCUAGUGCUCUUCCAACAGUUUACUGGACAGCCCAAUGUCCUGCUCUAUGCCUCCACCAUCUUCUACACACUGGGGUUCCACAGCCACACAGCGGCGGUUCUGGCCUCUAUUGGCUUGGGACUGGUCAAAGUACUGUCCACUCUGCUCUCCAUGACUCUCUCAGACAGAGUUGGGCGUCGACCGCUGCUGAUUGGAGGAUGCUCGGUCAUGGCUUAUGUGAAUCAAACGGCACGAUACAGUGGAAUUGGACCUGGAGUAAAGCCGACUAACGCGCCGCCACUGAAUGCUCCGAACACAAACUGGGUGAUUCUCCUGAGUCUCAUGGCAGCUGUCAGCUCGUACGCUGUUGGAUUUGGACCAAUGACUUGGCUUCUUCUCAGUGAGAUAUUCCCCGCAGAGGUUCGAGGUCGAGCUUUUGCUUUCACCAACUGCUUUAACUGGUCUGCCCACGUGCUGGUCACAUCCACCUUUUUAAAUCUUAUUGAUGCCAUUGGGCUGCCGAGAGUCUUUUUGUUGUACGGAGCAACAGCAGCGAUCUCUGCGGCCAUUUUAUGCAAAAUUCUCCCUGAGACAAAAGGAAAAUCACUGGAGGACAUUGAUGCAGAGCUGCGUCUACAGAGGUUUUACCAGAAUGAAGACUGUUGUGGCCUCCGGAGGAAUAGUGCCCCGCAGUAUCACAUGGUGAAUUUCAAAGACACACUCGAGUUGUCUGUUUAG